GGAGCCGGAUACAGGCGCCGGGGCCCUGGGGAUGGGCGGAGCCGCCGCCAGCGCCGCUGCUUGGUGCUGGUGGCCGUCGCUGCUGGAGAAGCCGGAGCUCCGGGGACGAGCCGCCGCUGCUGUUGCUGCUGCUGCUUCCCUCGCGGGGCCCAGCUCCCGAGGGCGGUGAGAUGCUGGGGAAAGGAGUGGGCGGCGGCGGCGGCUCCAAAGCCCCCAAGCCCUCCUUCGUAUCCUACGUGCGCCCCGAGGAAAUACACACAAAUGAAAAGGAAGCAACAGAAAAGGAAGUAAAUCUUCACUUGUUACCAGGUGAACAACUGCUUUGUGAAGCCAGCACGGUGCUUAAAUGUAUCCAGGACGAUUCAGGUCAGCAUGGAAUCUGUGGGAAACUCGUUUGCACAGACUUCAAGAUUGCCUUCCUCGGAGAUGUAUCUACAUUGGAUGAUAAUGAGCCUCAAUUUAAGAAUAAGGUGAUAGGAGAAAAUGAUAUUACAUUGCACUGUGUGGACCAAAUUUAUGGAGUGUUUGAUGAGAAAAAAAAACCAUUGUUUGGACAACUGAAGAAAUACCCUGAAACGCUCAUCAUCCACUGCAAAGACCUCCGAGUAUUUCACUUCUGCCUGAGGUACACAAAGGAAGAGGAAGUUAAAAGGAUUGUCAGUGGCAUAAUUCAUCAUACCCAGGUUCCUAAACUACUUAAGCGAUUGUUUCUGUUUUCCUAUGCAAGUGCUAAACAAAACAGUACAGCCACAGGCCCCCCACACCAAACUGUGAUGUUUGACAUGAUUAAAGACUGGCAUUGGGAGCUGGAGCGAACGAAAGGAAACAUAAAAUACAAAGCAGUGAGUGCCAAUGAAGGCUAUAAAGUCUGUGAAAAACUGCCAGCCUACUUUGUUGUUCCUGUUUCUCUGCCUGAAGAGGAUAUCUCAUGUUUUCAAGGACGAGGUAUACCAAUUUGGUGUUGGUCUUGUCAUAAUGGUUGUGCUCUUCUGAAAAUGUCAGCUUUCCCCAAAGAACAGGAUGACUCCAUUUUACAAGUACAGAAGGCUUUCUUGGAUAGAAUUUACAAGACCAUCCACAAGCCACCUUAUGAAAAUUUAAAAACUGAAGAACUGUCAAAUACUUUCAUAUCCCUACAGGAAAUCCAGGCCUCGUACUCUAAAUUUAAACAGCUAUUCCUAAUAGAAGACACUACUCUUCCAGGGCAUCUCAAUUCAAAAGCCACCUUAACUAAAAAUUUGAAUUCACAAGACAACAGUUCUGAAUUUUGGGACACAGACGUGAAAUGGUUUUCAUUAUUGGAAAGUAGUAACUGGCUGGACAUCAUCAGACGCUGUCUGAAAAAAGCAAUAGAAGUUGUUGAAUGUUUGGAAGUACAAAAUGCAAAUGUUCUUCUCAUAGAGGAGAAUGCGUCUGACCUGUGCUGCAUAAUCUCCUCUCUGGUACAAGUGAUGAUGGACCCAUACUGUAGAACCAGGUUUGGUUUUCAGAGCCUCAUCCAAAAAGAAUGGGUAAUGGGCGGGCACUGUUUCUUGGAUCGAUGCAACCAUCUACGCCAGAAUGAUAAAGAGGAGGUUCCUGUUUUCCUGCUUUUCUUAGACUGUGUUUGGCAGUUGGUACAACAGCAUCCUCCAGCUUUUGAGUUCACAGAGACUUACUUGACUGUUUUGUCAGAUAGCCUGUACAUACCUAUUUUUAGUACCUUCUUCUUCAAUUCACCAUAUCAGAAAGAUAUUAACAUGGGUAAGGAAAGCCAGGACUCACAAAGCAAUCCUUUGAGUCUCCUCACCGUUUGGGAUUGGUCUGUUCAGUUUGAACCUAAGGCUCAGAUUUUGCUCAACAAUCCUCUUUAUGUAGAAAAGCCAAAACCAGACAGAAGUCAGCGGAGAGCACCACAUUUUAAACACCAGCGACAGCUUUCUCUACCACUUACCCAAACUAAAUCAUCUCCCAAAAGAGGAUUUUUCAGGGAAGAAACAGACCACUUAAUCAAAAACCUGGGCAAGAGAAUUAGCAAACUAAUCAAUUCUUCUGAUGAACUUCAUGACAGUUUUCGAGAAUUCUAUGAUAGCUGGCACAGCAAAACUGUUGACUAUCACGGACUGUUGCUCCCUCACAUAGAGGGUCCGGAAAUUAAAGUCUGGGCCCAGCGCUGCCUGCGUUGGAUUCCAGAAGCCCAGAUCCUGGGAGGUGGCCCAGUGGCCACUAUGAACAGAGUCUUGGAAAUGAUGGAAGAGGUUCAGAGCUUGCAAAAGAAAAUUGAUGAAAAGCACAACAGCCAGAUGGCCUCUCCUCUGGAUACCCUUUCACUACUAAGGAAGCCUGCUCGCUUGUCCUCUUUAUUUCCUUUUGCUUUGCUCCAGAGACAUUCUUCCAAGCCAGUUUUGCCCACCAAUAGUUGGAAGGUUUUGGGAGAUGAGGAAGACUUGGCCAAACAAGAAGAUGAGUUUGUUGAUCUAGGUGAUGUGUGACUUAAUUUUCUUUUCAGUUGCUCAGAAACUGUGGAAAAGGAGGAACCAUGAAGAUUGUAAUGGAUGUCAGAUGUUCUGUCUCUAGGCACUGAAAUGUAUCAUGGUAUGGCCUAAUAUGGAGAGAAUUUUUGUGAUUUCAGCUAUGUCAUCACUAGCCCAGUGGUUAGGAAAAUGGACGGUCCUUGUUUUGUAUUUUGUUUAACAUGGUUAUUGAAAGACUAUGCAACUGAAACUAUCUCUAGGAGUGUUAAUUAACUGCAAGGUGUUAUAACUUGCCACUUGAAUAGGAUCAUGUCCUUUUGUAUAAUUUUUAUAAAGUAACUAUAAGGAAAAUGUUUUCAUAUCUAGAAUACAGCUAAAGGACUUGAUCAAUUAUUCUUGGUCUUAACACUUAGCUAAAAUUCUUUCUGUGCCAAAAUUGCUGUUACCCAGUCAGUAAGAAUAGUCAAUUUUCUUUUUCGUGUCAUUUUAAGAUACCUCUAAAAAUACAUUUGUAUAAAGGAUCAAAAGAUUUAUUUAGGGAAUGGGAGGGAUUUGAAGAUGUUAUAGUAUAUGUUUAAACAAAACACCUCAUUGUUCUCUACGUCUCAGCUAUUGAAAAACAGAAAAUUCCAGAUCAUUGACUUUCUGGCCAUUCCUUUCACCCUUCCAUUGUUUAGCUUUGUAGAUGAUGAAAAGAGCAGAUUUAGUAACCCAUUUUCAUAUGCUAGUUGCUGUACGUCAUUCUCUAGACCUCAUUCCCUCAUUCAUUUAUUCAUUUAGCAAAAUGUAUUAAGCACCUUCUAUGUUCAAGAUGCUAUCUAAGCUGCACUUAUUAGCAUUCCUCCACUUUCUCAAUGCCUUCAUAUGCUUAUUUCUAGUUGCUUGCUGCUAAUCCGACUAGUCAGACUGAGGUUUUCUUCAGUUCGCUAGAGGAACCUCCAAUUCCUUCUAGAGAGACUGGGUUUUUCAUCUGAGCCUCCCAGUAUUUGAAGCUAACUGCUUAAUGUUUCUCUUAGUGUACACUGAGACUCUAGACCUCUGUUACUGGAGCAUUAAAAAAACCGUAGCCUUUAGUGUCUGUCCCAUGUGCAGACUGAUGUAAUAUGAUCCUUUUUGAAUGUGGCUUUCACUUAGGAAAGCAUCUGAACAUUGGAAUCAAGAGUUGCUGAAUAUCUUAUAGUACCUCAGUGAUUUUAAAAGCCAUAGAAGAAACGUGAUUUUAUGCCUGACACCUCUUUUAGAUUUGCUGUGUGAGUAAUAUAUUUUUAUGCAAAAAAUACACUUUGUAAGGACCAGUUAUUUUGCUCCUUAAUGUGACCUGUCAAAUUCUACAUGAGAAAGAAAAAAAAUCUCAUUUGUUAAGAGAUUUCUAAUUAACGUUUCUCUUUUGUAUUUGUACAUGUUUGAUAUCUAAUAAUAGACCCUCUUGUAAUUGUUAGAUGUCGGAAAAGCUUUUAAUUGCUCAAGGACAAUGACAAAGAAUGUUGAGGAGUUUCUAAGUUUGCACUGAAUCAUCUAUAUACAUACAGUAAAUUGUAGUCUGUUCUCCCAUCUCGAUGUUAACUUAUGAGCCAGGUUGAAUCUAUUUGGAUGAGAGAUGUUGAGACAGAGGAAGAAUAGGAUUAACGGGAGUGAGGAUGAAAAAGUUUGAGUCUCAGUUGCCUUAUGAGUCUUAAUAGUGAGGACAGUGUUAAGCUUUCAAUAGCAAUUGUUACAAGGACACUAGUUCUGUAGCUCCCUUCAGUUACAUGGGCCUUCUUCAACUAGCACUAACCUCUCUACGCUGCUCCACUUUCUCAUCCCCUUCCUCACCCCCAAUACACUAUGGAGCUAACUAUUUUUGUUACCAUAUCAUAAAGUGAAUAUUUAUACAGUAGCCUAUAAAGUCCUUGGAUUUUUAGUAAACAUGCAUUCCAAAAAUGCUUUUCGUGAUGCUUUAUGCUCCAGAAAUCUUGGGUUAAAGUCAUAUCUGUUACCAUUAUAAUAGUAGUUGAAUGUGCAUUGGAAUAUUUUUAUAUACUUUUGAAAACUGCAGUCCAGGAAAAGGAGAUUAAAACUGUUGUAACUUGUAAGGUCAUGACAGUUAUGUAUUUAUAUUUGAAAUCAUAUUUCUAUCACUUGUGUUUGUAUACAGAAGUCUCAAAUGGAUUUAUAUAUUGUGCAAUUUUUUAUUAAAGAUUGAAAUAUGGGAAGUGCUUAAUUGUAAAAGCUAAAGUGAAACCAUUUAAAAUUUUGUUGAAAAUGCUGCACUGCAAGUUUAGAAAUGUACAUUAAUUUACUGUAUAUAAUAUCCUGAGUUUCUCUUUAUACCUCCAAGUUUUUACACUGAAUACAUCCUAGCUUUAAUUGAAUUUAAAACAUUCCUGUCUUGUGGUGGUUUUUGGUUUUUGGUUUUUUGAGGAAUAAGCUGUUGGGCAAAAUCUGUAUAAAUUUGCUUUUUAUUUUAUUGUAUGUAUAAUUAGAGUUUAUACUUGUAUCACACUGCAUCAAAUCUGGUUGCAGGAAUUAAAGCACAGU